AUGUCGGACUCACGAGAGCCGGCUCCCACCAAUGUCCCAGAAUGGCGCAGAAAUGCGAUAACGUCAGGCAAUUCCUCGUCAACAAGGCAAUUCGCGAAAAGACCGAAAGUCACGGCGAGAUCGAAAGACCAUCGCUUUAUCCGAGAGAACCCGAGUGAGGUUCGGGAAAGAUAUUCUUGGGAACAGCCAACAGGGCCGACUCCAGAGAUAUCCCUCAAGUCUCUAGGUCCUGAUAUUUGGUUCCUCAUAUCCUCCUUCAUCCCCAAACAAACUCUCUUGUCAAUCUGCCAGACAUCCCCAGCGCUUCACGCUCAGGUUAUAUCAGUACUCUAUCACACUAUUGACCUUAGCGCCCAUGCCCCUCCCGAUGACAACACCGUCUCCUUCAGGGAUCGUCGCAGAACAUACGAAAGACAGUACAUGUUUACGCAUCAAAUCUUGCUCAAUCCAGGGUAUGGUCAGUAUGUCCGCUCUUUGAAGUGGACUCUAGGAGUCGAACGUGAACAGAUCUGGUCUAUGGCAUGCUAUGAUCGUAGGUAUUGGACAGCUCCCCCCUCGCAAGCCAACAGAGUAGUCUGGAGGAGUUCUGAGACUGUUGGAAAACUGUUUGAGUGUUUGACUCAAGUAGUUAACCUGGAUAUUGAAUGGGCGAAUAGAAUUGGUGGGAUAAUAGUAGUACCAGAGGGCGAGGGUCUCUUUCCUGCAGUCCAAAAGGUCAAUUUGGGCAGUACCCCAAAUGCAUCUGCUAUUCUCUCCGGCGCAAACAACAUGCCCCUUUCAAUUUUAAAACUGGGACCCUACGCUGUCACACGCCCAGAUUUCUCAGGUCUCACACGGAAUGCCACUUCCUCAAGCAGCAGCUCAACAAAACAAAAGCCUAAGAAAUAUCCCGACAUACUGCACCCAUGUUUCCUACUGCGAUGCAAAGGCCUACACACCCUCUCCGUCACAAUCCAGCACCUUGACACCAACUCCGAAGUUCGAGACUUCUACACUUCACUCGCUACCUUCCUGCUCACCAUCCGUCCCCGCUCUUUCAUCUUUAAUCUCGUAGGCAUGAAUGGCCGGCCGCUUCCUCAACCGAUGUCUGCACACCUGCGACAUAAGGGAGAUACAUGUCCUCGCUGUCAUGUAGCAGUGGCUGCUGCUCCUGAUGGCAGUCCAGUCCAUAUCUCUGGGCUUACAGCGGCAAAUGUAUUUCCGGAUAACGUUCAACAUUUUUUGCUCCCCUUGUUGGAACAGGGCUGGGAUGGUUUGCAGAAGAUUGAGAUUAGAGGCGUCAUGAAGAGGUUGCUUGUGGACGUGAGGAAAGAGUUAAGUGGAAGCGGGGUGGCACUUGCUGGGGAUGGAUGGGAGGAGGAAUGGAACUCCGAUGAAAAUGCGAUGACUUGAGUAUGGACGCGGCACGACCCAUACCAAACCUCCCCCCGUAGUUGCCUGGGCGGCUUGUUAAUUCAAUACGACAUUGUAGUGUCCUUAAUCUAAAGACAGCCGUG